AAAGAACAGCCUGGACUCUCUCAUAUCUUUGCCUCACAUAAUAGCCAGCAGGCAGGAGGGUGUUUUUGUUCUGAAGGAGAAAGGCUUCAGGAUGUUGCUGCUCAAAAGCAGUAGAAGUGGCUUCCUGCUGGGGGAAAUGAUCAAAAAGCCAGACAAGCCCAUGGUUGAACACGGCAGAACUUGCACUCUAAUGCAUGCAUGCACAGGUUUAUGCACAUGUGUUGGAGCUGGACAUGCAGAUGACGCUCUCCAGACCAGACAGAGGUUGUUUAACCAUUGUCAGAGGUGACUGGAGAAACUGAGGAGUGGUCUGUUUUAACAUGUUUAAUGAAAAUUUUAAAGAUUCAAAUGUCAUGGACAAGUCAUAACCAUAAAACCAUGCAUCUGAACCUGACCAAUGGGAGCUGCCAAAUCCCUCUGGCAAAUGACAGAGUAGUUCUGACCUACAUCUACAGCCUUGCCUUCUCUGUUGGACUCCCAGCUAACCUGCUCUCCCUCUGGGGACUAUACCAGCUAGGUCGGUCUGGCGGAGGCGGCUGCCAGCUGGUCUAUAUCCUGAACUUACUGCUUUCAGAUCUUCUCCAGCUACUCACCUUGCCACUGUGGAUUCUCUACCUGCAGGGAGACCACCACUGGCCUUAUGGGUCUGUGACCUGCCAGCUAGUGGGCUACGUUUUUUAUGUCAACCUCUAUGCCAGUGUCAUUUUUCUUUGCCUCAUCGCCCUGGACCGCUUUCUAGCAAUCGUGUACCCUCUCAGCAGCCGCGGUGUACGGAAAGUGUGGGUGGCAGCAUUUUCCGGUAUGGUAGUGUGGACUUUGAUAUUUCUGUUCUGCCUGACUGGUCUCUACCCAUCUGUGUUCGAGCCCCAGAGAGAGCUGUGUCUGGAGCAGUACCCUGUGAGCACCAGAUAUGCGUACUUUAAAAUCGCCACAGUUGCUUUAGGGUUUCUAAUGCCCUGCUCUAUACUAGGGUACACCUCUGGCCGAAUCGGGCUGACUCUGCGGAACUCCCCGUCUGUCAUGGAUCACGAACGCCGCAGGAUCGUCGCAACCCUGGUUGUCAUCACUGUCAUCUUCAUUGUCAUUUUUGGUCCCUAUCAUCUGGUGGUCGGCUACAGAAUUGUUACCCUGCUUCUCACGGAAAGUGAAAAAGACCAGUGUUUGGUGGAAGUUUCUCUUUACCUUUACUAUAGGAUCUGCUAUGGGCUCACCAGUCUCAAUACCCUUCUAGACCCUCUUUUCUACAUCUUUCUUUGCAACGAUGCUCGCCAAGAGCUCCGCAGAUCCCUUUUCUGCCCUUGUCUGCGUCAUAGGGUGCACGAGGGAUCACGAGUACCAUCUUUUCCCAGAAGUCGUCUGAACCGCAGUGCAGAUGUUUAGUAGCCUCAUACAGAUGCU